AGGCCAGCCAAGCCCUCCACCAAGCCACUGUUAAGCCUCAGACUGCGGACGGCGUGCAGUCUCACAUACUCAGGGAGAAGCUGAACGAGCUGGAUGCAGAAAUCGAAAAGUUCAGGUCAGAAAAUGCCAACCUGGAAAAACUUCGUAGGGAGCGUGAAGAGGUUGGUAGUCAAUAGAAAUAUAAUAAUAAUAAAGCUUAUUUGAAAAUCACGCUUCAUCCCCAAAGGCUAGAAGCGCAGUACAAAGUCAUCAAUAUUUAAAGAGAAAUUUAAAAAAUCUAUAUUUUACCACAUUGAAAUACAAAACACAACAUUACAAAAACUACAUACAAGAAUACCCAUUCUAAGGCUUUCAUCCCUUGCAACCAUGAACAACACAGGCCACUAUACAUCCAGGAGACAAUAGCCGGCUGGAAAAGAUGGUAGACAACAUCACCCCAACAGGUGUCUGGCUGUUUCUGAGGAUGACGAAUUCAUUCUGUUUUUGUUUUUUUGUUUUUUUUAAAUGGAGUUUCUGGGGUGAAUUUUAAUGGGAUCAGUCAAGAUGUAUUGCUUGUUGAGUUAUGGUUUUCUUUUUUAAUAGGGAAAUGUAGCCUUGGUCAUCUUUGCAUGGAAAGAGUCAAGUUCUUCAAUUCAGUUUUAAUUAUUUUUUUUUAAAAUGCAGCUGUUGAAAUGUUAGCUGUGAUUAUAUUUAAAAAAAGCACUAGUUUUCAAAGCAUUUAAUACAACUAGCAUACUGCAUACUAACUCUAUUAAUAAUCUAAAGCAUCUCUCUGAAAUAUUUGUGCUACUGAAAAUUGUUUCCUAUCAUUCCAAAAUUAUAAUUUAUACAUUUUAAUAUUUGUUUCGUACCAACCGUCAGCUGUAGUUUAGGGCAUCAAGGUUUGAAUUUUAAUGCCUGUUUGUUUUGUUGUUCAUAGUUUAAGAUUCCUAUAACCUUAGUUUAAUACAUUGUUGUAUUUAAACCCAGAUUUUUAAAAUUUAUUUCUUUUCAUUGUUACAGGGUUUGGGUAAGUUGAAGCAGGAGAUAGAAAGCUUCCAGAGAGAGAAAGAAGUGGAACUGAAGAGACUGGAGGAGUACAAAAAUGAGGAAUUGAAAAAGCUCAAGUAAGUUGUGUGGAGUCUCACGAUUAAUGCACUGUGGUGGGGUGGGGGGCGUUGUAUUUCAUCACAUGUGUACUGUAAUGUAUAUGUGGAGUGGAUGAGACAUGGCAAAAAUAUAUAUAUUAACAGAAUCACUUGGUUAUUUUAAUGACAUAUUGUGAAAGUCUUCAGGGAGUUGAUAUAAUUAUGCAGUUGUAUAAUUUGAUACACAAUAUGACAUGUUUAAAUCUUUAUGUUUUCAGAAAAGAAAGGAAACUUUUCGACAGCUACCAGAAGAAAAUAAGAUCCAUGCCAGACAAGAAAGAUAGGGAAGAGAUUGAAGCCUUGAGAACACAGGUGAAUUUAUUAAGACAUCUAAUCUGCUAGGCCGUGAAAGACCAUUUCACUUUGAAUAAUAUUUCCUUAAAAGUCAUUGCUCAAAGAUAUUUUGUAAUAACCCGUAAAGCUUCUUUUUGUGAGGGUAAUUGUUUAUAAAUUAUUACUUCCCAAACUGGUGGCUUUAUUAAUAAAAUUGAUGCUACUUUUUUCAGCAUUCGUGAAAUGUCUCAAUAUUUUAUUACUCUGAAAUAUUUCCAGAUCUGAAAUAUGACAUUGCUUCCAGAGUUUUACGAAACCUUUCUUUACUUAAGUUUGUAUUAAACAAACAACAUGAUAUGUAUCAUGUAGUCUUGCCAAGCUGACUGCCAUGUUGUAUACCUUAGCUCCAAGAACUCCAAGAUGAGCUAAAGCGGAAGGAGAGCAGGUGGAAUGCCAGCACCGCCAGGCUGAAGAAUAGACUGGCCGAGGUGGAGCUGGAGAACGGUGAGCUCAGGGAGGAGGUUCGCAUCCUUGAGAAGAAGAGGCUGGAGUGGAUGACCGCCCAGAGCAGUGUCAAGUCUUCAGCGCAGCAGCUGAGUAAUGGGAAAAGUGGUCACGGCGAGACCAGCCUAGGAAAGUCUGGUAAACAAGUAAGUGGUUUUGUUAAUGAAAUUUAUUAUUUUUUUUCAUUCCUUAUCUUUUAAUGAGACAAUUAUGAAUUUGAAGUAAGAUAGAAGGAUCAUUCAGUAAUAAAUAUAUUCCUGUAUUUUUUAUUUUAUCUAUUUAUUAUGUUUUCCAUCAGUGCUGUUAGGCAUCAGUACAAAGUAUUUUAUGAAAGUGAAAGCUUUGUUAUCUCUUUGCUCCAGUCCAAACAGUUCUGUUUGACCAAUUUUUAAAGAUACCAGAUAUUUUUUUUUCUUUCUUUUCACAUAUUUGCAUGUUUUGGCAGUCUGUACAAAUUUGAAUGGCAAUAAUUAUUACAAUGCUGUAUCUGGUUGUCAUGUAUGGAUGUGAUAAUGUUGACUGAAAAAUCACAGGAUUAUGUGAUCCAAUCUGUUUUACACAGGCCUCCUCCCAGCCUAGAAGCAGCACACCAACAAAAGAAGUCAGUGCAAAGGCCCCAGGAUCCUCAGGACACAGGGAGAUGAUCCAGCCAGGUAAGUCCAUGAUUUACUCUGUCAGCUGUUUUGAAACAUAUGUCCUUUUUUUUUUCUAACAAUAAACUUAGUUAAACUUAAAAUCUUGGUAUGGACUUUAACCUAAAAGGCUAAAGAUAAACUUUGCAGCUGAUCCAUUGCUCUGAGUGUAGUUAAAUUAUUGCAUGCAGUGGGUCCCACAUGAACAUGAUGCACUAAAUAUAGUGAUCAGUAUAAUUGUUAUGGCGUCUCUUGAUGUAAAUUCUUGUCCCUCUGUUUUGUCAAAGCCCACCAGUCGUCUCCUCACACACAAUUUUAUGUGACUCUGAAAGUCAAGCACUGUUAUUUUAUAAAGGUUUAUGCAAUCUAUUAAAAAAUUUUAUUCUGGUUUUUUUAAAAAUAUUAUUCCCAGCGGUCCAAGCCACCUCCGCAAGACCUGCCGUCCCCAUCACAACCAGCGCCAUCACAAACAAAGCCAAAACUGUCAACAACCACCUUACACCCUCCAGUAACCACAAUGGCCUCGUGGCACAACCAAGUUCAAGGACUGGGGGAUUGAAGCCGCUGGCAACGUCUGCGGCGCAAGUCGGUUUACCUGGGGAGAUCAUGCAGACUCAGAACACCUUUAUCCCAGUCAUGACAGAGAAGUACGCAACAAAAUAUAGUGCUCAACUCAGUGUUUCUCAGCUAGGGCCAUGUGGCCUUCCAGUGGGCCACAGUAUAUUUCUUAAGGGUCACAAAAUUUUAUUUUAAAGUUCUUUAUAAAUAUAAAAAUAGAGGUUUUCUUUUUUUUUAUUAAUGAUGGGGAAGGAGACCACAGAGGGAAAACAAUUUUAAAGUGGGCCACUAGGAAAAUAAACACUGUUUCAAACUCAUGGUUUGCAUUUUGUUUUCCAAAAAUGUGACCACCAUACCAGAAGCUUUGUAUUGUUAAAAGUUUGUUGUGCCUUUUCCAUGAUUUUGGACUUGCACUUGUGACUGGCCUGUUUUGUUCAUUACAAAAAUAAAGGGAGACUAGAAUCAUGUUUAGAAAUAAUGCAGGCUAGAGGCUUUGUCUUAGACUCUACACAACUUCUAUUUCUACUAGUUGGGUUCAAUUUAAUUUUUUUCAUUUUAACUUUUUGCUCUGUCGGCUGCAGAAGGAUCAUUGUUUUUGUACAUGUUAAUUAUUUUGUUUCAUCUUAUUUUUGCCUUGAGAUUUUUUACCCUAACCUGUGUUUCUUAUGGGGCUUCGUAGCCUUGUGGUCAUUGAGUCUUUUCAAUUGUUAGGAGUUCAAUGGUUAAUUUCUAUUGUACAUUAUCCAUCCCUGUGGUGUUACAGCCCAUGUAAGGCUUUGGCCUACCUCACCACUUCCUUCCACUCAGACCUAACUAAUGCCUUUCUUUGCCAUGCUUGGACUUUCAGCUGUUGUAGAUAUUUUUCCACAUCAUUCAUCGAUCUAAGCCUAGGUCUGCCUUUGAGCCUUUUCCUCUGGGGUAUUGGUGAUGCACCCUCUUCGUUCUUCUGUCAUUUGGCAUUCUCUCCAAGUGUCCUGCCCAGCAUAGCCUGCCUCUUUUUAUUUCUGCUACUAUUGUGGGAUCCUGAUAUAGACUGUACAGUUCAUGGUUGGUUCGUAUUCAUCCAUUCUCCAUCCAUAUUCAUCCUUUGUUGGUCCAUAUAUUUUCCUGAGAACUUUCCUCUCCCAUGUGUUUAAUGGUUUUCUGCCGUUUUUGUUAGGGUCCAAGUUUCACUUGCAUAUGUUACAACUGGUCUGAUCACAGUUUUAUAAAUAGUUUUCUUUGUUUCUCUUGUAAUGUUUCUAUUAUAAUGUUUCUAUUGUAAUGUUUCUAUUGUAAUGUUUCUAUUGUAAUGUUUCUAUUGUAAUGUUUAUAUUGUAAUGUUUCUAUUGUAAUGUUUCUAUUGUAAUGUUUCUCUUGUAAUGUUUCUCUUGUAAUGUUUCUAUUGUAAUGUUUCUCUUGUAAUGUUUCUCUUGUAAUGUUUCUAUUGUAAUGUUUCUAUUGUAAUGUUUCUAUUGUAAUGUUUCUAUUGUAAUGUUUCUAUUGUAAUGUUUCUAUUGUAAUGUUUCUAUUGUAAUGUUUCUCUUGUAAUGUUUCUAUUGUAAUGUUUCUAUUGUAAUGUUUCUAUUGUAAUGUUUCUAUUGUAAUGUUUCUAUUGUAAUGUUUCUCUUGUAAUGUUUCUAUUGUAAUGUUUCUCUUGUAAUGUUUCUCUUGUAAUGUUUAUAUUGUAAUGUUUCUAUUGUAAUGUUUCUAUUGUAAUGUUUCUAUUGUAAUGUUUCUAUUGUAAUGUUUCUCUUGUAAUGUUUCUAUUGUAAUGUUUCUAUUGUAAUGUUUCUAUUGUAAUGUUUCUCUUGUAAUGUUUCUAUUGUAAUGUUUCUAUUGUAAUGUUUCUCUUGUAAUGUUUCUAUUGUAAUGUUUCUAUUGUAAUGUUUCUAUUGUAAUGUUUCUAUUGUAAUGUCUCUCUUGUAAUGUUUCUAUUGUAAUGUUUCUAUUGUAAUGUUUCUAUUGUAAUGUUUCUAUUGUAAUGUUUCUCUUGUAAUGUUUCUAUUGUAAUGUUUCUAUUGUAAUGUUUCUAUUGUAAUGUUUCUAUUGUAAUGUUUCUAUUGUAAUGUUUCUAUUGUACGCAUUGAUUAAAAAAUCUUAUUUCAGCAGGUGUUUAUUUUUUAUCUCCCCAUUUCUAAAGCGCUAUUCCAAGCGGCACUCAGGAAUCCAGCAUGCCCGGAGCUCAGCAUUUCUCUCAUGCCAAUCCAGGCAACAAAUCGGCAGCUAUGUUGGCGAUGGAGAGGGCUGUGGUGGACAAGGGAGACGUGUCAGCGUUUGUUGAAAGCAGGCACCCAGAGGGCAAGGUGAGGGGCGUAAUGUGUAAUAUGUUGAGAAAAAGGGUUCAUGAUAUUAUGCACUUAAUGUAUUUUUUAAUUUUGCUCUUACAUAGUAUUCAAACAAUAAUAAUGAUACUCAAAGGUUUCAAUAAGACUAACUGUAAUAGUGGAAAAAUUCACUGAAACAAGGUCUAAUCCUGUUACCUAUUUAAACAUUGUUCAAACUAUGUUUGGUAUGUGUCAUCGGGUUAGAGAGUUUUGUUUUUGACAUCUCUGCCUCCUAAAGAAAAUAAAAAUGACAGAGGUAAACGAAAAAUACAUAACUUGCAAUACCAUAUAUAUUUUUGCAAUGUUUUAAGAGAAGACAACCUUGUUGAAAAACAAAACAAUCCAAAAAUAGAAAUUCAUGAAAAUAUUAGCAAAAAUGCUCAUCGCGUGGCUUUCUUUUGUUCUAUUAUUUACUGAACAAUCUGUUUUCAGAUUGAAAAGACAUACAAGACCGGGGCAAAGGAGAUUAGUUUCCCCAAUGGUACAGUCAAAGAAAUUUCAGCAGACGGGCAAACCAUAGUUUGCAGGCUGGCCAACGGAGACAUCCGCCAGAUCUUUCCUGAUCAUAGAGUGGUGGGUGGCGAUAAACUAGCCUUGGUGCCCAUAACAAGCUCAUCACAUUUAAAGUUUUCUUUGCUGGUUUUUGAUUUUUUUUAAAAAUAUUCUUUAUUUUGAUGUCUGGUUAGUGAAAUAUUUAAAUGUAUUGCCUUGAGUUUGUUCAUUUGUAUAUCAGUCUUGCUGUGUAAUCCUUUUACAAAUCUUGAGAUUAAAGUCCUCAAAUUUUAUUUUUGCAUCCCUGCAGGUAUACAUUUUCGCUGAGGCUGAAAUCCUUCAGACAACAUUUCCUGAUGGUUUGGAAACGUUCCAGUUUAAAAAGUGUGUAUAUUUCUGUUGUUAGAUCUUUUUUAAACAAAUGCCAUGAUUUAAAGCUUACUUUCUGUUCACUGUAUCAACAGAGCUUCUUCGCACAUCUUGCUACACUACGUCUCUUUUAAAUGGUCUGUUUAACAUCAUUUUUGUCCUGAAAGUGGUCAAAAUUGCAAUAACUACAGCUAUCGUGCCUAGAAAAAACACAAUCAAUGUUUUUUUAGCUUUUCUGAUAAAAUUCAAUUUUUACCUGUAUUUGAAAUAAAAUAGCUUAACAAGUGCACUUCAUCUUUUAAUGAAUUUUUUAUUAACUGUAUUUUUUUUUCGAUGUUAUGCUUGAAGAAUAAUCUGAAAGUCUUUGAAAGACUAAUGAUAAAAGCUAUUUCCUGAAAGUGCUUAUAUGCUAAACAGAUAAGCUUUUCAUGUACUUAUUUCUUUUGCUAUGCAAUUCCUUCAAAGUCUCACGCAAUGCUCUGGUUUCAUCUCAUCAUUGUAAUCUUCUCCAUGAUUUGAAAUUCUUAUUGUAUGGUUUCAGUGGUCAGACAGAAAAACGAUACCCAGACGGCACGGUGGAGAUCACAUUCCCCUCCAAGGAUGUCAAGUACCUGUUUCCGGACGGGGGCCAGGAGGUCAUCCUUACCGAUGGCACAGUCAUGCAGUACAACAGUAAAGGGGAGAGGACGGUGGAAUACCCCAGUGGGGACAGGGAGGUACACACUGCUGAAUAUCAGGUGAACUCUUGGUUUAACAAAAUGUCCCUGGUCUUCAUUUAGUAACCUAUGGUAAUGCACCACGGCAGCCUGCAUGAUGUGCUUCAAAGUACUUUAAACAUCAUCAUCUUGACCUGGCAGCCAUUUGGGCAUGUGCCCUUUUGGCUCCUGAAAAAAUGUCUACUCCCUCCACAGUUGGUGCAGUCUGGUAUUUUUGUGGGUGAUUAAGGGGCAAAUCAUGGAGUGCCGGGCAAUGAAAAAAAGAUUUACAAGUACAGAAGCAAUUUUAAAGCUGUAAAAUAAUGAGUACGAUGAUGGCCUCCCAUAUUUUCUUCUUAUACAUUUUCAUUCACUCAAACAUGGAAAAUAUUUUGUAUUAUAAUAUUAAUAAUUUGCAUUUAAAUUCCUUAAAUCAUGUGCAAAUUAAAUGAUAUUUCAUAAAUAACCUAGCUAUCAAAUUAAUCUGUUCAGAAUGUAAUAGAACCAGCAAAUCCGACAACUGCAGGCAUUUUAUGACACUCAAAGAAGCAGAUGUCUUAUUUUUAAAACAUUCCUUUAUCUUCCCCUUUUACCAAUGGGAACCUUAAGCCCACCUCCUCUCUUAUAUGUAUUGUUAUUUGUAUCAGUUAUAUGGUUAUAUUAGUUGUUAUGUGUAUCACUUCAAGUGUUAUAUGAAUCACUUAAAUAAUCUGUCAAACUAAUUGGGCUUGAGAUACUCUCCACAAGUAGUCCCAUGCAAAAUGUAUAUUGUUGAAUUACUGCAUUUUUGCUUGUUUUGGAUAGAGUCAAAGUGGAGUUAAAGUCUGGGUUAAGAAUUUUACAAGUAUUUUUUAUGUUCAUUAUGUACAUUAAAUUGCUCUUCUUCGCGCACACUGAUAUCACAUAAUUAAAUCUAUUUUUAAGUAUUUAAAAAAAUUAUUUUAUUUCUUUCAUUGACUGCACACUAUUGCCAAAACACAGAUGCCUAGGUUCUGUCACCCAUUUUAUGUAGUGGGGUUAAAUCAUUCAACAUUUUCAUUAAAAGGUAAUUUUGUUUUGGUUCCAGAGACGUGAGUUCCCUGAUGGUAUAGUCAAAACAGUUUAUGCUGAUGGAAGGCACGAAACAAGAUUUCCCAAUGGCCGCGUUCGCAUGCGUGACAAAGACGGUAACGUUAUCAUGGACCAGAUAGUACACAGAUGA